GGCUGCUCUGCUCUCCCCUGCUGUCCCCUGCUCUUCCCUGCUCUCCCGGAGCUCGCCGAGCCGGGCCCUAUGGCGGAACACUGAGCCGCCGCGCCCUGCGGGCUCUGGGCGCUGAGCUGGGUAGGGCUGUCCUUGCUGCUCCUGGGUGUGAAUGGUGUAACCCAAACCUUGUCAGGUUUGCGCUGUUGCUUGAGUUCCUCUCCCUGCUGAAACAAAUGUGCCGUUCUGGUACAUUUACACUAUGUUUGUGCGGCCUCACGUUAAAUGCAGUGUGCAGUUCUGGGCACAGUGAGGAUGGUGAAGGGCUUUAGGGGGAAGGAAGCCAUAUGAGGAGCAGCUGAGGUCACUUGGUCUGUUCAGUCUGGGGAAGAUGAACAGAUCAAGAUGAGAAGAGGCUAAGGGGAGAUCUCCUUGUGGUGUUCAGCAUCCUUGUGAGGAGAAGAGGAGGGACAGGUACUGAUCUCUGUGGUAACCAGUGGCAGGACCCAAGGGAAUGGCCUGAAGCUGUGUCAGGGAAGGUUGAGGUUGAAUAUUAGGAGAAGGUUCUUCACCCAGGGAGUGCUUGGGCACUGCCUUCCCAGCACCAACCUGACAGAGCUCAAGAGGCAUUUGGACAACAUUGUUGUGUACCUGGUAUACAUGGUGACUCUUGGAGGUGGUCAUGUGUAGAGCUGGGAGUUGGAUUAGAGAUGAUCCUUCCAACUCAGAAUAUUCUGUGAUUCGGAAAAAAUGGUGGUUUGUAAAGGAACUGGCCAUCUAGAGUAAUCAGUGGGGAUAACUCCUAAAUGAGCACCCUCCCUCUUGACCUGAGUGAGCGAGAUCCCCGUGGGUGAGCUGGCGUGUCCCACGGCAGGACCACCCUCGGACAGGGUUUUGCCCACCUGCAUGGUGACUGUCCCUGGCUGCCCACAGACCUGCCUUGCGCAACGGCGCUCUGGCACUGAGGGCUGACUCUGGCUCCAUCACCAGCUUUCAGAGAAGAAACUAAGAGCACAAAAAAGGAGUGAAGAAAAUGCACAGGUCAGAAGAUGGACAAGGGGGAUAGAGAAGAAAUGAAGAGAAAAUGGCAAGAAAGACUGAAGAAAGUGGAAGAACUAGCAUCUCACUAUGAAAGAAAUCCUCUUCCUACAGUUUAUAGACCAAGACUGUCCAAACCCUCUAUGCCAUCCUCUGUUUGGAAAAUAUUUUCUCGACAGGCUGAAGCAUUUAAUUAUGUAAAAGCCUGUGAAGAGGAUGUUCAUGUAUUUGCUUUGGAAAAGAACACACAGAGUGGACAGAGGUUUUACCUUGUGACAACAUAUGAAGAGCUUUGGUUUUAUUACACUCAAGGUUGCAAAACAAGUCUUAUGCAUUGCUAUGAAGUAAUUCCUGAAAAAGAAGCUUGCAAACUUUAUUUUGAUUUGGAGUUUUACAAACCAGCAAAUCCUGAUGCAGAUGGCAAGAGUAUGGUCAUGAAGUUAAUUGAGCUUGUCAGCCAAAAAUUAAAAGAAUUUUAUGAUGUAAAUUGUUCAUCAGAAGAUGUCUUGAACUUGGAUUCCAGUACUGAUGAAAAAUUUAGUCGGCACUUAAUUUUUCUGCCCCAAAAGACUGUGUUUAAGGAUAACACUCAUAUUGGUAACUUUGUGAGAACCAUUUUGCAGCCUGCCAUAAGAUUAUUGCAGAGUAGGGCUGCUGUCAUUCCAACAGAAGAAGCAGAGAAUGUUUUCCAGUGUUCUGCAGGAGCUGUAUUAGAUGGUUCUCUUACAAACCUCCCAGCUGUUGAAGAUGAUUCUAAAGACAGGCCAGCCAUUGCUCAUGAAACAAAGGAUGUGGAAAUGCCACACCAGGGAGAAAAUUUGGAUUUUUCCUUCCUAAUAGUAAACGAUAAAGAAGGCAACAAGCAGCUUUUUGUGGAUCUAGGAGUUUAUACAAAGAAUAGAAAUUUCCGGAUGUAUAAGUCAUCAAAAGCAGGAAAAAAUGUGAUUCUGAAGAUAGCAGAGGAUAAUAAGUUUAUCCCCAACUGUGAAAAGGAUGUUUCCUUGGAAGAAGCAUAUUUUCUUUCCUCUUUAAUCUGCAACAUUGGAGCGAGUGAUGACAUAAAAGUUCUGUCAUCUGGCUUUUCAGAGGAGGAGAGAAAAAUGUCUGCUUUUUUAAACAGUAAAACUACCAGAAGCAGCAGAGAUCCCAUGGAAGGUUACCAGGGUUCACCAUAUCCAGAAAUUGAUAAUUUUGUUCGUUCCUUGGUUAAUAAAGAUGGGCUACAGGGAGGGAUAAGACAAUGGAGUUACUUCUCUCUCAAAGAACUACUUAUUUAUGAUAUUUAUGGUUACCGUUGGUGUGAAAAUAUUGGAAGAGCUCACAAAAGUAACAAUAUAAUGAUUCUGGUAGAUCUAAAGAAUGAAGUCUGGUAUCAAAAGUGUCACGAUCCUGUCUGCAGAGAACAAAACUUCAAAUCACAAAGUUUCCCAUUGCCACCUGGGAUAUGCCUCCUGUCUCUUUUCAAAGAGGAAGAAGAGUCCAUGCUAAUGGAUGACAGGGGGCACACAGAAGGAAAAGUACAUCCACAUUCUCAUGUGUCAGACUUGUCAAAAAGCUCAGUAUCUCCAGAGACCAGCUGGUCUCAGGACUUCCUGUUGUCAGACAGUGAGUGGGAAAACACAAGUGAUGAUGCCUGUUUCCUAGAAGCUGCUGAAGAUGUGGAACUAGCUGAAGCUGCAGAUGACAGUGUGAAUUAUGGCAUGGAAGAAAUCCCAGAUGAAGUUCUUUUGGAAGCUUUAGGGAAAGAAGACCUCCACGCUAAAGAAGGCAGCUAAGCACAGGCCUGGCCAGCAGUGAAUGACACUUGUGUGGCUCAUGCUGGUGUGAAAGGUCACAGGCACCACUCCAGAGCUGCAGGACAAAGAAUGGA